AUGGAAUCCAACGAGACGGAGGAGGAGCUCGAGGAUGCGACGGAAGGCGAAGAAGAAGAGGCCAACCAGAUCCCUGACAUAGAGGAGUUCUUGGCCGAUGAGGAGCAGCAGGUGGAACCUACACCGACCUCACCUUUGCCUACCUCUUCGCCUUCACCCCAGAGGACACCGACGAAAAGCCAUGGAAAGCAUGGUCCAAGAAGCGGCUCUUCGGCUGGCAGCGAGGCUUCCCAUGCCCGAGCUCUCUCCGGCCGAGACCGCGACAGCAGAGACAGCAAGAGCCCGAGCAAAGACAGCAGCUCGGCUCAGAAGAAGCCACGAGGCAAUUUGCCCACUGCGCCAUCGUUCAAUGGCGACAGAAGAGCCGAUCCACGGUGCUUCAAGAAGUAUGUCAACAAGGUGGACAGCUACGUGGCCCUGGCUGAGAAGAUCAUCGACCAUGGAGAGAUUGGCCUACGCCUUCACGCAGCACUUGAGGGUGAAGCGGCUGACUUUCUGGAGGAGGUUCCUGCUCGGACCUUUGGCGCUCCAGAUGGCUGGAAGGUGCUCCUUCGAGUGUUGAGGGACAAGUACGACGAGACCCCCAUGCACAAGAUGGGCACCGCCAUGAAGAGCUUCUUCAACCUCCAGCUGCGGCAAGACAAUGCCGUGAAGCUGGACCUUCCCGAUGCGGUGAUGAUCCAUGUCUUCUUCCAGCACACCAAUGCCAGCUACGAGAGGCAAGCCAACUUCCUGUUGCGCACUGGUGGCAACUAUGAUUGGGCCAAGAUCAAGAAUGCCAUCGACGUGCUCUACCCCAACACCAUGGUCAAGGUCAGCCCCUCGUCCUCUAAGGGAACUGGCUACCGAGGAAGAGCAGCACACGAGGUACAACAUUCCUCCCAAUGGACAUCGUCAGACUGGACCAUCCCCGACCUGCAGGACACCUCCAUCUCAUGGGAUGAGUGGCUUUGCGACAACGACCCCAUUGAGAUGCUCGCCGAACAGACCUUUGCCGACACCCGUGAUGACACCUUCAUCCCGGAGCAGCUUGCACGUGACUUGGUGGGUUGCUUCAACACCCAUCGAGAGAACAGACAGAAGUUGGCCAAAGCUGUCCAAGCUCGCGGCUACUACGUCCGCGGCAAGGGCAAGGGCAAGGGCGGAGAUCGAGGAGCAGGCCGUGGUGGGAAGAAAGGAAAUGGCAAGGGCGGUAAGUCCUCAGGCAAGAACCGAGCCCGAGGCGGCCUUUCCUUGCAGGAGCUGAAGGCCAAGACCGCGUGUGCUGAAUGCGGCGCCGUUGGCCACUGGAAGGAUGAAUGCCCCAACCGGAAGUCCAACCUCACGCACCACACUGAGUACCGCCAUGACGAACCAGAUGAGGCUGAGUGGCAGGACUAUGAAGGCCGAGAUGAACGCGAAUGGGAGUGGGAUGAUGCCGACUGGGACUUCUGGCACUUCUGGAAGGAGGAAGCACAGAGCUAUGUUCCGGAGGCCUCUCGCUCAUCGCAUGCAGCCAGCAGACCUCUCAAGCCACAGACAGAUGAAGAAGCAGCCAACGACCCGGAGACCCUCGCAGAAAUCCGGGAGCUCAAGCGCAAGGCUAUGCCAUCAUCUUCGAUUGGCCUCAAGACCUCAAGUCCCAAGACGGCGGCGCCCAAACAAGUCAAGCAGGUGCGGAACAUCUAUGUGGAGCAGAACGCCAAGACCCAGAUCGAGACCGAGCACGACUCCAAGGACAGCCUGUUCUCCGAUGAGUUCCUGGACACGAGCGGCGCCCUGACGAGGGUGAAGGCCAUUUUGACCAACCGCCCGGCCGGGACCACUUUCUCCGGCAGUGAGGCAUAUGCAGCGAUCCGGACCCAUGCUGCUAGCUCACCGUCUACUACCUCAGGCGCCUUGGGAGAUGGGAAGUCCGUUUGGGACCUUCUGAAAGAGCCUCAACCUGGACCCAAUCUCGAUGAGUUGAGGCGGAAGCGAGAUGUCUUGACGCUGCGCCGCUUGGACUUCGACACCACUUCAACGAGGAGCGCUAUGUCUUUGACCCGAAGGCCACCGACAGUGGAUCCUGACAAGAUCUACCUGACGAUUGACACCGCCUGCGAGAACACGGUGAUCGGCUCCGUCUACCUGGAAAAGGUGCUUCAGCGACUCGGUGCAUUUGGCAUCAUGCCACUGGCCGACAAGGAGUGCGAACAGUACUGCUUUGGCCCUGGUGCACCAAAGACAUCAACGAUGAGGCUGUCGGUCCCGUUGGGGAUCGAUGGACGCCCGAUGAUUGUGCGCACCUCAGUCAUCCAGGAAGACGCUGCAGCUUCCAAUCGGGUGCCCUUCCUGGCCGGUCAAGACUGGUUGGUGAUGAUGAAGGCCGUGAUCGACCUAGGCAACAACCGGCUUUCCUUGCCAGCAGCCAGCUGUGAAGUGCCCCUCUACAUCGAUGUGUCUGGCCACAUGGUCAUCUGCAUCGAGGACUAUCCAUGUACAGGAUGGCCUCCAGGUCUUUCGACCACUUUGGAUCAGUACCCUGGAGCCAUUUUCAACGUGUCAAACGACACCAACUUCCUGCGCCCCGAGCAGCAGCAAAAGGGCGUGAUGCAGUCUGACAAGAUGGACCUCAACAUGUCCCAGAUAGUCAUGGACCACAACUAUGUGUACGAGCCCAAUGAUGAUGUUUUGAACCCUGGGGUGCAUUCACGGGGACCGUGCACCCUUCCCAAUGACUACUGGGAGUAUAUGACCACCUGUGGAGCUGUUGUCCGGCACCAUCGGAGGCCUCGGCGACACCUUUUCGACCCGGAAGAACUGGACAGUGGGCCUGGGACUCAAAACCUCCAGCCCACGAGAUUGACCAUCGUUGCCGGUUCGAAGCCGAGGGAGUACAUUUGGGAUACUUGGCCAACCCCACCGGAUGCUUUGUGUCCACCUUCAUUGGAGUGUUGGGUUGGCAAGACAUACUUUUUCUUGCAAGGGUUUGACCCCCACAAGAUCAAGAUCCCUGUCCCCACAGCCGGAACUGCAGUCAAGUUUGAUGACGGUGCCGAGUUGCAUGUCGCUCCCAACAGUUUGAAGCCCCGUCACAACAAGAAGAUUUUGCAGUUUGAUUUCAACAGCCGUCCACCGAUUUUCGAGCAUGAGAGCACGAUCCACAAGGAUUCCUUUCGUAUUCCUGAAGGGCAAUUUGGAUCGAGACUCCAAGCUCCUUCAAUUCGUUCUUUGCCUCAUGCCUCCAGCAGCAUCGACAAGGCCAUCCAGCAAGAGGGUCAAGCGCAGCCGGGCGGAAUGCUUGGAGCUGUGGGCACGCCUUGUCACGAAGAUGGACAUGCUGUGGAGCAUGCUCAUGAGGCAUCACAUCACCAAUAUCAUGGUCCGCGAGUUCAAGCACAGGGCACCAGCAUUGAUGGGCUACAUGGAGGCCAUGAUCGCUCAGGAACAGUUCCUCCAGCUCCCAUCGACUUUGCCACCUUCGACGACGGCAGCUCCGGGCCAGACGGCCAAGGCGAUCAAGGCACCCUACCCGGAGAAAGUCAAGCUAUGCCCACACGACGUGGAGGCAGCACGUCGGAUCGGGAAUGCACACGGACGUUUCAGGGAGUGCAUUCAGUGCGGACUGGUGAUGAAGGCCCUGCCGGACAACUACACGAUCCCGAUCACCCACGAGGAAGUCAUCGUCUAUGGCAUCACACACGGGGUGAGGGAUCGACCAGGCGGAAAAGUGCAUCCACAAGCACAAGGAGUGCAGCGGGACACAACGGAGCGCUGCACCAGCUUGGGAGAGUGCUACUCGCUCUCAUCGCGACCGCCUUCUGCUACACAGACCCAGCAGCACAGCAGGUCCGCGGGCCAAGCUUCGAGACACUCUUCGAGGAUGACAUCUUCGGACCAGGCCGAAUCCCGCCAGCAGAACGGCUCGGACUGGGAGUUUGCGGGGAUGGAGACGGACGACUAGAUCCUCUACCUGAUCCAGCUCCACUUCGACCUGGCACCAAGAAGAGACUGAAGCACAGCGCAAGACGCGCACUACAGAACAGCCGAACUGCUCGAGAGCUUGUCGCGCAGAAGGUCAGUCGGAGCACUUGGCCCCGACGGAAGUUUGGAUAUGAUCUCAUCGAGAUCUUCGGCGGCACCUCCAUGAUCAGCAUCAGAGCAGUCCAAGGCUGGAACCUUCGAGUACUUCAGCCCAUCGACAUCCGCUAUGGCAUCAACUUGAGACGCAGGAUUAUGAGGAGAUGGUUGCUCCAAAAGCUGCGCCAAUGGAACCCACGACUUGCCAUUGUCGAGAUGCCAUGCACACCUUGGUCAAUCCUCCAGCGGAAUGUCAACUACCGGGACUACCCCUUUGAAUCGACCAGCUCCAGGAGGAAGACAGGCGGACACGCUUUGGUGGAGAACCCUGCUACUGCUGACUCCUGGCAGGAACCUGAGUUCCAAGAGCUGAGGCAGAAGUACUGGGAGACAACGAGUUGCAUGUGUCGUUUUGGCAUGGUUGGGCAACACGGACUCCCUCUUCUUAAACGUGUUCGCUGGAUGGCCACCGAUGAGACCUUUGUGUACUACCUCAACAAGCAGUGCACCGGAGACCACCAGCAUGAGAAGGUUGAAGGCAAGAACACUGCCCUCUCAGCUUGCUACCCGCCUGACGUUGGCGACAUCAUCAUCAAGGCCUAUUUGGAAGUGGUGCAGCGCGAAGACUUUGGCACGCACUACGACUGGCAGGUCAUGGAGACCCGACAUGUCAACUAUGUCGACGUCAACCGCACGGUGGAAGAGUGGCGGCCUUUGCUCGCCCAAGCUGAAGAGAUUUUGGCUCGACGUGUUCAAGCCAGUUGCUUCCUGGACAUCACCUCCGACCUCUACCAGAAGGUCAUCCCCUUGGUUCCUUGGCAGAUCCUCAACAUCCAGAUCGCCCACUUGCCAAAGGCCAAGAGAGUGAGACCAGGACUGGAGAACACACAUCGUUGCUCCGUGUUGCUUCAGAACGACAAUGAGGUGUUGAUUGAGACGGAACACCUUCCAACUGCACAAGCUCCGAGAGAGCGCUUCAUCACACCAGUGCGAGUGGCUAUCUUCAUACACGGCCACGCACCAGGUGAACCUCAUGAACCCGUACCUGCACGUGUUCAACCAGAACCACCUCCUCUUCGAGAAGGAGAAGUUGUUGAAGACCCACUGGAUGAGCAUGUUGAGCAAGGCAUGGCCGAGCAUGGGCUUGUGAGGCAAGACUAUGCCUCCGGUGAAUGUUGGUUCAUUGGCCCUCCACUACGACAUGAACAACGACGCUUGGCACCUUCAUUGGUGAGAAUGCACCGCAAUCUGGGACACCCCAGAACUGAGGAUUUCGUGAGAGCCCUAGCUCAACAUGGCAAGAUCGACCCGGAAGCAGUGGCACUGGCAAGGAGACUGAGAUGUGCUUCUUGUGAAAGGACCAAGAGACCAUUGCCACCGCGACCUACUAGUUUGAAGGCCGUGGGCAGCUUCAACGACAAGGUGUGCCUCGACGUGGUCUUUUUGCACGACGCGGACGAGGUCAAGCACACCUACUUGCAUGUUUUGGACCCUGCAGGCGGCUUCAAUGUCUUCUGUUGGAUCCCAAGCCGAAACCCCGAGGACGUCCUGGACAACUUCAACAAGGUCUGGGCUAGUUGGGCUGGCUUGCCAAGAUCCAUCUGGGCAGAUCAAGACGGAGCUUUCCAAGGAGCCUUCGCUCAGACACUCCAAGCUCAUGGGGUGGAACUGGACUAUGUGCCGGCUGAGGCUCACUGGCAGGCUGGCGAGGUGGAGGCCUACAAUCGUGCCUUCCGCUACACCGCCAACAAGAUCAUUGAUGAGAAGCAGUUGGCAGGCGACAGCAGCAUGCAACUACUUGGAACUUUGGUGGGCUCAGCCAUGAACGACAAGGUCAGAGCUUGUGGAGCCUCCGCAAGUCAAUGGGUAUUCGGCCGUAACCCCCGGGUACCAGAAGCUCUCCUCGGACCUGACGGUCAACUGGAAGCCUUGCAAGGCAUGGAGCAGGACGAGCAGUUGAGACUGAGGACCUACAUCCGUUCCAAGGCUGACAUGCUCAUCAGCCAGUUCAAGGUCGACGACGCACUCCGCAAAGCUGUGCUACGGCAAGGUCGUCCUUCACGUCUGACCUAUGAACCUGGAGAACUAGCUGCCUUUUGGCGGCAGGUCAAGAAGAAGAAAGGCAAGAUCCUGCAGCCUGGGUGGUUUCGAGGCACCAUUGUCGGACCACACAAAGGCGACGAGGCACAAUCCAACUACUGGGUGGCAUCAGGUGGCAAGCUCAUCCUUGUCUCCAAAGAGCAGCUCAGGCCGACCUAUGGCACAGAGCGAUGGAAGAUCGACGAGGAGGCCCUUCAGAACCUCUUGGACGACUUCCCGGACGAGUUCCACAACGGCAGAGAUGGAGAACCACCCGAUGAAGUUGUGCCUGAUGAGAAUGAGGAGAUCCACGUGCCCGUCUUCGAGGCCGACGCUGAUGA